AUUAGAAGAGGGAGUGAUCAGAGUAGUUUCCUAUAAUCGGACAUUUUUUUUGUUUUAGUUUCAUUUUAUUUAUUUAUUCUUUAUUUUUUGGUGUCCACCCUUGUUGCCUUAGUUAUUGUAGGGAAUUAUAAAUAUUAAAAUUUUAUUGAAAACUUUAAAUUUUAAUGUCAUAAAAAAACCUUAAAUUUUCAUUUGAGAGAAGGGAUAGAGAAAAAUAAGAAACAGAGUAAGGAAGAAGUUUGUAACCCUAACUCUCCAAAUUCCAGUUAGUAGAAGGAAAAUUCCAUCUCUCUCCAGUCUCCACACAUUACGGAUUAAAAAUUUCAUUCCAGUUUUCUUUGUCACCGAAAAGUUCGAUUUCCAGCAUCAAUUCAAGUUGCUUUUCGAGGAAAGAAACUGAAGAAUAUUUUCGACGAUUCAAAAAAUUGAAGGUUCGUUAGGACUAAUAUUAAUAUGCAUUCUGAAGUGUAUUUGUGACAAUUUUGUCAAAGCUUUUAGAGAGAGAAAGAAGCAAUGUCAUCAGCUAUGGUGCUGUCCUACUCCUCAUCGCUCCUCCAUCCGCCUUCUUGUAAGCUAGGUAUUUCACAUCAUUUAAGUGGAAGAAGCAGCAUUCUAACUUAUAAAGCGGGUUCUGCAGUCCAGAAUUCUAGGUCAAGUUUCUCAUGCUCUGUAAGCAUGGCAGAUGGACAUUCUGAUGAUCAUGGGAAGUUGAAUAUGGACCAGAUGUUAGAUAAAGGCAGAGAAUUUUGGAAUGGCCUUCCUAAACCAAUCAAGAGCUUCCCUUGGAACAGAGUGCUUGAUAAUUUCAUCCAACGCAUUCUUGAUGUUGUAAUUGCUGUCAUCAAAUACCUAAGUGCACCUGUCCUCGCUGUUACUUCCCUGAGUGAGAUGUCAUACUGUGCACAUGAAAGAAAACUAUUUCUUGUUCCUGUUCCGUUGGUUCUUGGGUUUGCUGUUGCUGGGAUCUUGAAAGAGACAGCACAAGAAGUAUCUCCUCUUAUCAAGGAUGGUGACGUUCCUUGGCAUUUGAUUGCAAUUGCUGUUUUCCUCACUCUUCUGAAGGUGCCUGGGCCAUACUACCCAUAUUGGGGACGCUUCUUUGUUCCUCAUUUUGCAAAUGGAGGUCUUUUGAGGGUGUUUAUUAUGAUGUAUUUCUGGUACCAAAGUCCCAAAAAGAGUCAAUUGUUGCAUAAUGUGGAGAGCUCAGAACAAAAUUGAGUUUAUUAUAUGAUAGGUCAUCUUGCUCGCCGCCGGAGACGAUGCUGCUCGCUGCCGGAGAUGACGCUGCUCGCCACCGAGACAAACGAUACUCGCUGGUCGCCGCCGUUGAAGCUCAGCGGUACAGAAUGGCUAUGGAGAUUUAGGGUUCUUUGAAAACCCUUGAAGUCUUGAACAGACGUACAGGAAAGUAGACUAAAGAAACUUUUCUUAAUUGUUUGUAUGUUUUAAAUUUUAAUUGGGCUGAAAAAAAGCCCCUUAGUUCAUAUCUUUUAAUUGGGCUAGAACUUUUAAAUUGGUAUAUAUUUUAAAGUGGGCUUGAAAUUGAAAUUCAAGUUGGGUUAAAAAUUAAUGUACUUCCUCCGUUUCAAAAUAGAUGGUACAUUGUUUGACUAAAACGCUUGUCGAGGCACUACUUUGACUACUAAUAACUUUAAUUAUGUAUUAGAGUAAAGUAUAAAAUUUUGAUUUUUUGGAAAUAUACAUUAAGACAAAUCCAACAACAUAUUACAUUAUAACAUUUGAUUUUACCUAAUAGUAAAUAAUGCAUGGUCAAACCUCAUUCAUGAAUAGUGGAAAAGUCAACAAUGUAGCAUCUAUUUUGAAACGGAGGAAGUAUAAAAUUUGUACUUUAAAAUUUUUCGAACAUGUUUGCGAGCUUUCGAGCCGAACUCUACUGGGCUCAGGCUUGGCUUGUUAAGGUCGCGAGCCGAUCUCGAACUCGAGUCGAGCCCUCUCGAGCCGAGCUUUGACCGAGCUUUGACCGAGCCGAGCUCGAACAGUUUGCGAGCGACCUUGGCUCAUUAACACCCCUAGAAAGGACUUAAGAAAUUCGCAUAAAUCCCAUGUGCUUUUAUUUGGUGAACUUUCAUUUAUAUCCUCGUUAAUACUCCCUCCAUCCCUUAUUCUUUGCCUCAUUUUCUUCCAUCUCUGUUUUCCUUGGCGCUUUCUACUCAGUACUUGCCAGUCUUCAGUCACUGGCUGAUGAAAAGUUGUUUAUUCUAAUAGUAUUGUAAGUCUUAUCUUUCCCUUGGCUCUCUCCACUUUGUAAUCACUUGCUGAUGAUAGUACUAUAGUAGUACUCCAAGUGUCACAUAAUACAGCUUUUACUCUCCCAUAUUUGCCAUUAUCCUUGGUUGCACCAGUUCAUGAUACUGGAAAAUAAAGAGCUUCAACAAGCUUGACUGUUGAAGGUGCUUAACAAGAAAUGUGGCUGGUAAAUCAAUUGUGCCAUACUAUUUUGGUUAUUGAUUCUACAUCUUUUCACUACCAUAUAAUUAUUUUCAAUUUGGCUCAGCACCAUAGGAGGCUUACCAUGAGAUUCUGGAGAAGGAGCUGCAUUGGGAUGGAGGUGGCAAAUGGAGGUGUCCCUUUUCUAGAGGGUAACUGUGAACUCUUCUUGUGCUGUGACUUCUUUCAGGACUGUUGUCUUGAAGCUUGAAAAGUGGCUGGCUUGUGACAGAACACACUUCUCGAGAAGUCUGGGGACUUUGAACUGACUCCAGUGCCCUUUCAGACUGCUAUAAAAUCGUGAACAUAUACUAGUCUAGAGUACAGCGUGAUGGAUGGUCGUUUAUUAGCUAGAAGUGGCUGUGCUCAGGUCACCCCCUUUUUUUGUCCUGUUUGUACUAGUGUAUGCAAAUUUGCUAAUGAGAAACGAGAGUAUGAUAUGUAACUAUUUAAGCCAUCCGGCUUCCGAGUUAAAAGUAGUGCCAAAGGUGAGGCAUUUUUGGAA